AUGAAGCAUCUGCAACUGAACCUCAACGAUACACUAAAGCUCAAAUGGAUAUCCAAACUGCAACGGUUGUUUCGAGGAAGAGCCAAGUUAGAGAGCGCUUUUCAAAUCCAAAGUGCACUGGACGAAGCGAUUAAAUACAACGAAAAGAUCACUGGCCUCAGCAAUGGCGACCAGAAUUGUUUCAGGGAGAUCAUCAGCAGACUGCAACACAACAAAAGCCCCCGGUCCAGCCUUGCCGUUCUGCAGCAGAUCGCUGAGGCCGAGGCUCCCAAAGUGGAUCAGGAAGAGAAAAAACAGCGUCGCCAGCUCGCUAGCUGGAUGAAAUUGUACAUAGAAAGACGCCAAAAAUCACACACACUCCCUCGAAAGGCCGCGCUGGACCCAAAAUACGUCGACACUGUGCUGAAGUCAAGGAUGCUGUACGAACGGGCAGAAAAAGCUGUCAAGCGACUGGCACAAAAAUAUUCAAGACCCUCAACUGCUCGCGUGAAGUCCGUGACAGGCACCAUGAACAGACUGUCGGUGAUUAGCACUCCUUGGAACGAGAACAUCCACGUGACGGGGAGACGAGGCGUAUUUCUACAACGAAAUAGGCAUCAGCAGUACAUUGAUGAACUGAACCAGAUGAGAAACUGGGAAAGAGAGUGGAUGUUCUGGCUUGAAAAAGAACAGGAGUGGGAGAACUUGGUUUCGGGGAAGAAUGCAGACGACUGGCUCUUGCCGGUAGAGGAUUACAAGCGCGACUUGGCGACCCGCGGAAGGGAGGUUGAGGAGAAAACGUUCUGGCACAACAAGAUGCACUAUGCGUAUUUCGAAAAGCUGAAGCCCGAGUUCGACGAGAUGUGGCUCAAAAGCGGCCACAACCUGGCCAGAAUGCGCCAGGUCAUGGUCCUUGAGCAGAUGGGUCCGUUCACGGACUGUGUAGACGGGUCGCUGGGGAAACUGAUGCGAGAACACGGUUUCCGGUCGCCGACACGGCUGUCUAAGUUGGGUAUAGAGUGA